AUGCAGCAGAACUUGAACUACACUCCUCAAAUUUUUUGGAUGGAUCAACAUAUGGCUCCACCAGUACCCAACCGGCCCAACAUGUUUCCACAACCUCCUUUCCCAGACUUCAGGAAUAAAAGACACAAGGAUGGUACCUGCACUUACUUGCUGAUCAUUUUCCUUCUUGUUCUAUUGGCUCUUGCUGGUGUUGGACUAGGAACUUAUAAGAUUAUUGAGUUGCAAAAGGAGCUGGAUCAAUUCAAAGAGAUUUCCAGUGAGUCUAGUUCACCAUCUUACAUGGAAAAAUUAAUAGGUCUGAACACGCAGUCUGCAGAGAAGAAAGAGGGGAGAUUAGCAGCACAUGUAACUGGUAAACCUGACACAAUGCUGCCCUUGGCUUGGGAGGAUAAAUAUGGCCGAGCGUUCACUUCUGGCAUCCAGUAUAAAGACAAAGGACUUGUGGUGAAUCAGACAGGCCUUCACUUCCUUUACUCCUCUGUUUACUUCCGGGGAACAGCCUGUCAGAAAACACAGUUGUACCAUGUUGUCUACAAAAAGCCCAUGAGAUACCCUAAGGAACUGAAACUUAUGGAAACCACAGAUUAUCACUACUGUACAGGAAGUGGCAUGUGGGGAAGACACAGCUACCUGGGGGCAGUAUUUAAUCUCAGUAGUUCUGAUACCCUAUAUGUUAAUGUCUCAGAUAUCAACUUGGUCAGUUUUGAAGAGUCAAAAACAUUUUUUGGUCUUUAUAAGCUAUGA